AUGAUGAAAGACUUGCAACUCCUGUUACAGACCCUGAAUGUUCCACAAAGUGUGAGUUACCGGUUCCUGAGUAUAGGCACAGUGAAAGAAAACAUCUUGUCCAGACUUGUGUCUGUUUACAUCCAGAGACAGAAGGGUGAAAUAGUCUUAGUGUUGCCACCAGUCUUGCAGAUGGAAGAAAUGUAUUUCUGCAUCUUAGAGAAAAAUUUGGACCUCUCAGGGCACAUAUUCAGCUCUGUCCUUACCAGCCCUGAGAAAUGCUGGCACUUGUGCAUGGCAUGUUCUGUGGCAGGUGGGAAACCUCGAGACGUUUUCGCCACAAGGGAUUGCGGCGACAGUGUCCGUGGAAGCGAAAGGCAGCGGGCACACACGCCAACAGCUGGUGAACUGUGCGCAGGUGCCGGAAGACCGUGCACCUGCGCCGAGGAGCUGAGCACCUUCAGACGGGGCAGAGCCGGAGCGGGCCGCAGCUUCCACUACUUUAGAGAAGCGCCAGCGGGGCUGAGGCGAGCGGACGAGACAGAGUUCACCGCACCCGCAGUAGCCCGGGGCGGCCCGGCCCGGCCCCCCGUCCCCAGCGCCGGCGGAGCGACGCCGCGCAGGGCCAUGGCGGAGCGGGGCUGCCCCCGUGCCGCGCGUGGGGGACGCGCCGGGGUGGGCGGGCGCGCCGUAGCCGGACCAGAAGCAGAGGGGCCGCGGGGAAACCGCGCCGUAUCGUGGUCGCUGGAGCGCCGGCGCUGCCCGUACCUGCGCACGGGCCGGGCCUGCUGCCAGAUGGUGGAGGUCCUGCUCGCUGCCCUGAUCCUGGUCUGCAGCUCCGUGUCUUGCGGCUCGGCGGGAGGAUACACCGGCCUCCCCGCCCUGGGGGGCAUCUACUACUACCAGUACGGCGGGGCCUACAGCGGCUUCAGCGGAGCGGAUGGGGAAAGAGCCCAGCAGCUUGACCAACGUUUCUACCUACUGAAGCUGCCCAUUGCAAGGGCAGCGAUGGCCGUGGCAGGGUGUCUCCUGAUUUUCCCUUGUGUUCUUAUUUUGGUUGGUGUUCUGCAGGUCCCGUGGCACUUCCCAGCAUGGCUGCUAAUUGAAUGCACCCUGUAUAUAGUGAUUGCAGUUGGCACAGUGCCUGCUCUGUACUAUUUCCUCCAUUUCCUGCUGAGCGUUUAUAAUUCAUCAGUGUGCAAAGAGAGAGAGCAGCUUUAUCAAAGCAAAGGGUAUCAGGGCUUCUGGUGUAGCCUGCAUGGAGCAGAGAUUGCUGCUGGCCUCUUGGGCUGUCUGGCUGCCAUGGCAUACCUGCUCAGUGCAGGCCUGGCUGUCAGAGAUUACAGGACAGUUCAUGAACAGAAACAGAAGCCACUGCGAUUAUAAGAACUUUCAAAUGAUUCUUCCACUACACUCCUUACUGAGAUGAUGCAGUAUGCUUUCCUUUCUUCUGAACAGUGCAGCCUUAAUGCUACAGAACACUCACCAAGCUG